AUGAAAUCAUCUGGCCUAGAAUAUACAAAAAAGCAUGAUACUGUUGUACCGACAAAAACUAUUUUAACUUAUCCAUGUUAUGGCAAAAAAUGUGGCAACGACUGCGGAUUUGUGACUGAAGAAAGAAGGGAGAGUUUAUUUAAGUUUUUUUGGAGUCUUGAGAAAGGACGUCGUCGUGAUUGUUCGGCGUCUCUUUCUCAAAGGGAAAAUAUUAAACGCAAACGCUCGGGUUGUUAA